GAAAAUUACAAGUGCUGUGUGAUGCUUACCCCUCCUUUAUUGCUAUUUUCGCCUACCUUAUGACAUCAUCUUCCCGAUUUCCUUCUCUUUUUGGCCGUUGUCAAUUGCGAUUUAAGGCCACGUAUUUUCUUGUCUUAAAUUUUCAUUCAAAACGUUAUGAUGGUAAGAAUAAAAGAAGGACGUGUCCUUUAAUGCCAUUGCAAUGUCAAACUCUAACUGGAAUCGUAGGAUUGACAAUAAUUGUCAUAAAUAAACAAUAAGGAUCCUACAUAAGAUUGUCGUUGCUUUUUCAACGGGUAACUGAUUGAAUGAUAGAAUGACAAGGGACAUUGCUUAAUGCUUAUACGGGUAAAUACAAAUCUAAAUAUUGAACUCUAAUAGUAAAUUGAACUCGGCGAUUAAUAUUUGCGCUCUCGUUUCGUAUAACUCUUAGCCAAUGCAUAAACCCAUUAGUGUCGACAUCGGCCGCAAGGUGAUAUGGAGGAUUCUUGCAUGUCAUUAACGGUGUUGAUGCGUGAUGCCACACCCUAAAUCGAAAACCCACGAUAGCGAUUGCAAAUGCAGCAUGAGAGGAUCUUCGCUACACCACACAGUGCAAUAGAGGCGGGGUAAGAAACUGGAAAUUCGAAAAUGUUCAACUUCAAGAUGCCUUUGGGCUAAAGCGAUGAAUCAGGGUGGCGGUAGGUAUUAUAAAAAUGAACGUGUGAAGUGGAAGUAAACCAGUUACGUUGGUGCCUUCAAACUGACUCCAUCGUCGGCAACAUAUUGCAUCGGCGAAAUAUUGCAUAUUCGGCUGUCAAUCAUGCGGGACUACGAUGUCAUGCUGCUGUUCGCUUUUGCCCUUUCGAUGGCUACAUCGGCGGGUACCGAUGGGUUUGUCCUCAUCUGGACACUAGACUACACAACCCCUACGCCCUACUACACCACCUCGUAUGCUGCUCCCUCUUACAGCACCAAGGCUCUCGAAUAUUAUACCACAUAUGCAGCUCCCAGCUACUACACCGAGUCUCCCAACUACUUAGUCUACUACACGACCAGAACGCCCAAAUACUACACGACCAUAUACUCCGCUCCAACAUACUACACUCAAGCCAUUAAAUACUAUGCUGCUCAAAGGGGGAAAAUAUAACUUUUUGUUCGAAACUGUGGCUAUUGAAAUAAUGCAGGGAAACUUAUGAAGACAAAACCAAAAUCAUGUCUUGAGUUCUUUGAGGUAAAAAUUUGGUUGUGGGACAGCAUGCCAUUCCUGAAUUGUUAUUUCUACAGAUUCACUUGAACUUAACACCAGAGAAGGACCUGCCUUUGAUCAGAAACAGAACUGGUGAUAUCCAUAGCAAAAUAAACUGUGAACUUUUACUAUUAAAAAUGGAGAAGUUGUGCAAUGUAGGACCACACUCAAGACACAAUUAAAUAGGAGUGCCUUGUAACACAACUUUAUUGAAGGCAAACUUUGACAGUACAGAAAUUGGUAUGCAUUUUGAUAACAGGAAACUUUUCCUAGUUAAGGUGAAAAGACCGAAUGGUAUAGUGAUAGUUGCCUUUCUGGCUUUACCUGAUACUUUUUUUACUGUGUAAGCUGCAGAUUAUCUUUGUUUUGUUUGAUGCCACAUUCAGUAUGUUGUGUGCUCAUUUUUGCCUUUGAAAUUAUUUUAGGAAACUUAUUGGUGCUGCAUGCUGAUGUUGUUCAUGUUAACGCGAUUUGGAUCUUGGGGUUUGGAUUAGUUAGAAAUAUUAGGAUAUUUCGAGGGCCACAGGUACGUGCCAUCUUGAACUGUUAUUUUUUCUCAGGCUGCAAGGUUCUUUGGUAGAGUGAGUGAUUAGUCGAUGUUUGUUAAAGCAAGCAGUAAGCAAUAAAAUUUAAUUUAAUUAAAAAAAAACAAGAAAAAAUGAAUUUGUUGGUUUUUGUUUUUGUUCUUCAUUUUUAAUAAAAAUAAGCAUUCAAGGAAACUAAUAUUAUCAUCUCUCUUUCUCUUCUUGUGCCCAAGUAGAAAACAUGCAUGAUGAGCACUGCGGAA